UAGGUGACUUCUCUUUUGGGAAGCUUUGAGUGUUAAAAAGCACGGCUAUACCAUGCUAUGACGACUUCCCUGAUCUUGCAUCCACACUGGGCGGAUACCUUGAUGUACGUGUAUGAAACAAGCCCGAAUGAAAAGAAUCAGAAGGAAAGCCCAGACAUGGAAGGACUAAGUGGGAACUGUUCUAGUAGCCACUGCCGGGAUUUUAUUUCUCACCCGGGUUUGGGACGCCAUUCCAGUGCUAUUGGGACACACCAAGGACCUGUGUACACGGAUAUAACUUCUCCAGAGAGCUCCAGGCAGUGCCCGGGACCCACAUCUUCCACCAAUGCCUCCCUUGGCUAUGCCUACCCCUUCGGGAGCAGCUACUACGGUUGCAGGUUGUCUCAAUCCCACAAUGUCAAUUUGCACCAGAAACCAUGUUCUUACCACCCAUCUGAGAAAUACUCAGAGCCCAGCAACUCCUUAGCCAGUGAGGACUUCUCCUCCAGGACCAAGGAAUUUGCCUUUUACCCCAGUUUUGCCAGUUCUUACCAGGCUGUCCCUGGAUACUUGGACAUGUCAGUAGUGCCAGGGAUCAGCAGCCACCCAGAGCCUAGGCACGACGCCCUGAUUUCCAUGGAGGGCUACCAGCACUGGGCUCUCCCAAACGGCUGGGACGGCCAAGUCUAUUGCUCCAAGGAUCAGUCACAAUCCAGUCAUUUAUGGAAAGCACCUUUUCCAGAUGUGGUCCCCCUGCAGCCGGAGGUGAGCAGCUACCGUAGGGGCAGGAAAAAAAGAGUCCCUUACACAAAAAUCCAACUGAAAGAACUAGAGAAGGAAUAUGCAGCCAGCAAAUUCAUUACCAAAGAGAAGAGAAGGCGAAUUUCCACUGCCACCAGCCUGUCUGAGCGCCAAGUUACUAUAUGGUUCCAAAACAGAAGAGUGAAAGAAAAAAAAGUAGUCACCAAAUGUAAAACCCCUCACCUGCACAACACCUGACAAUAACUAGCUCACCCCCCUGAACACAUAUUUAUCUCAUUCCCAUGUAUAGGAAACAUCUUCAUCUGAACUCUAUGGUUUUCCAUAUGGAUUAUUUAAUGUAGGAAUGGAAAGACAUGAACUGUGGCAGAAUGCACCCAGCUCUGGUCAUUGUCCUCACCUUACCCAUUAUAUAUAUAUAUCAUCAUCAUCAUCAACUUUUUACUCCAAAUGUGAAUGCUAAGGAGUCUGGUAUAAACAUAAAAACUCUUCAUAUUUGAGAGAACACAACCAGCCAGAAUUAUAUUCACCUUUGGGAUUCAGCUCUGAUUCUGUCAUUUGAAGUCAUGGUGACCUAGAAAAUCUUUUUUCCCUACCAUCUCCUCCAUUCCUGACCAGUAAUUAUGAAUUGUCUAAUAUAACGUGUAUAUAUGUUUGGGCUUCUAAGGAGCAUCUGUAAAUCUCCUGUUUGUCAAUACGUUUGAAUACCUUGUAAUUAAUUAAAUACAGUUAUAAAACAGAUUCAAUCCUUAAAUUAAAAAGCCACAAUACUUAAACAAUUUCCAGAUCUCUAACUCAUCAUAUUUAGUAUUAUAAAGUCAUAUAAAAUCGUAUUUAAUGUAACCCAUAAUUGGCAAAUGCCUUGUCAAUACAUUUAAUGUGACAUGGGUUUCAUGUGCAGAAAUAACAUUGUUCAUACAAAUGAUUUCUGAUAUAUUUAUUUCCUAGGUUAAAGACCAUCAGUAUUAUGAUAUUAUUUAAGUUACCAGUACAGGAAAUACGUAUCUUGAUGUCAUAAAUAAUUUCUUGGCAGCCAAAGAGUUAAUCUUUGGCAGUCAAGGGGGUUAAUAUCUGCAUUUAUUUUUGUUUUGGGAAAUUAAUUUUUCAGUCACAUUGAUUGGAAUUUAUCCUUGUAUUGUCUGCUGUCUCUAGCCCUUCUUGAUAUAAAAUAUUUUCUUUGAAUAUAUUAACUUAAGCACUAAAUGUUUCCAAGCAAACAGGAUGUGGACAAAUUAUACUGUAUACAUUUUUUUUUAUUUUGUCUUGUAUAAUGUAUAGUAUUGUGGUGUCUGAAUAUUAUAUGUAAUGAAUGAAAAUUCAUUUCUUGAAAUAAAUAUCACCUGGCUUGA